AUGUCUCUCUCCACCUGCCCGCCCCCGAUGGCCUACACGUAGUAACUUAACUCAUUUCCCGCAAUUCUACUCUCCCUUGCACCAGUUCGUUUGCCAUCAAUUGGCCCCAGUGGACAUUGUUUGAUGUCAUGACUCGCACCAUUGACGAGAUCAAAUACGAGGCCCCUUCAUGGGAGCACAAAGGCCUAGACGUUGCCGACGACGGCAGACGACUAGCUUCCCAUUCCGAUGCUGCACGUCCCAAAGGUCGGAUACGACGAUCGAUGACUGCCUGUCACACCUGUCGGAAGCUUAAAACUAGAUGUGAUCUGGACCCGCGCGGGCAUGCCUGCCGUCGUUGUCUAUCCUUAAGAAUUGACUGCAAGCUGCCUGAAACGACCGACCGCUUCCAAGACAAUGCUCCAAUGUGGUCAGACGCAACCUCGGCAAUUCCGUCCAUCGAGGAGCGCCUCACCUCCCUUGAGAGAUGCAUGAGGGAGAUGACGGGGAUGAUGCGACAGAUGAUGGACCACUCCCCAGGCCUGGCCCAUGGCGCCAUCCCGCACCUGACGACGAAGAACAUACUCACCGACGAGACUGCCUCCAUGGAGGAAAGCCCGUCGUCUCCCUUUCUUCCCAAGCCCGUUCGGCUGAUCCAGGACCUCCAAUCCGAUUUUUUUGGAGAAGCAGAGAGUUCUCCUGUUGAAUCUUCCCUCUCAGGGGAUGGCGCUGCCAAGGGUGCUAUCGACUCCAAAUUAUCCCUCAAACUAUUGCAAAUGUUUGUUGACCACUUCGGCGCUUGCGUCUCCAUAUAUAACCUCUCCGAUAUUCACAACGACAUGAAAGCUCCCGACUCUUUACUCUAUAAUACCGCCUGUCUGUUAGCUUCACGCUAUGUCCCAGGGAUACCAGGGUCUGUCGUACAUACCAUAUACCUUCAAGUCCGCCAGGCAGUAGUCAAUAUCCUGUGGGAGAAGCCUCCUCUGAAGUACGAGACUCUUCAAGCCCUUGCGCUGCUUUGCCUGUGGCCAGCGACCGUACAGAAAGAACCCCCCAUGGACAGCUGGCUGUUGAGUGGGAUUUCGAUCAACCAUGCGAUCAUCUCCAUUGAUUUCCUAAAUUAUGCGCCCUCAGAAGUCAUGGUGGAUAACGAGACGGCGGCGCAGCUGCGGCUAUGGAAUACGUAUUGCUUGACACAGCUACAUUUUGCGGUCGGAAACGCGCGUCCGUUCCACAUCCAGCAGAGAUAUCUUGACCACUGCCCGCGGAUACUCGAGCACCCCGCAGCAACCCUGGACGAUGCAAAGGUUGUGGCGGAAAUCCAGCUGUAUUUGAUCACAUUACGGCUACAGAGCAAUAGCCAUCGCAUGCGGCUGGCCGACAUCGACUAUGAGGAAAUCGAGCGAUGGAAGACGGAGUGGGCUCAUCUUUUCUCGGGCGAGAACUCAACCCUGGAGCUGAGUCUCUGGUUCUGCCAGAUACUUCUGCACCGCACCGCAAUGAGGUUUCAACCCAGGUCCGAAAGACUUGCCUCUGAAGUUCUCCAAACCUCCCGUCUCAUCAUGUCACGAUUCCUCCAAAUCCGGUACUCUAUCGCAUUGAGCCUCGUCGACCAAGUUUACUUCAUCGUCGGCUACGCUGCCCUGAACCUCUGCGAUUUCAACCUCAUGGACCCGCUCAUUGAGCAGGUUCAAAUGUUUCUGCUACAUCUUUCCCCCAACGAAGACCACAUCGCGUACCGGUUUUCCUGCAUGAUCGCCGAGUUCAAGCGGCGGUGCGCUGGCGCAGAAUGCAAUGACCCGUCCACUGUCAAAGGGUCUCCGUUGUCUACCUACGGCGAUAAUCGGAAGAUGAGCAUGGGGCAAGCACCGUACAUGCCACCCAUGAUGGAUGGUAUGAUCGAGGGGUACGGAUUCGAGCAACUGAUGCCGGAAGUCAUGCCGAGUUCCUUCCCUGAUGGGGUGCUCAAUGCGAUGCCUGUGACAGGGCUAGCAGCGUAUCGGUCAUCGACGCUGUAGCGACUGGGGUGGGGGACUAGAUGACUAGAUACUGAGACUACUGCAACCAUUCGGCCAUAAGCUGGAUUGAGCAUGAUGACGUGUAAUGAAUAUAGGCCGGGCUAAUAUGAUCACGAUCCACCGAUCAGGUUGCCUAUCUCACUAAGUGGCCAACCAAGGGUCC